AUGCAAACCAACGGCGCAACCUACUACAUGAAAUAUUCCAUCGGAACUCCACCGUUUGAGGUUGUCGGCUAUGCUGACACAGGCAGUGACCUCAUAUGGACACAGUGCCAGCCAUGCAUACGAUCUCCCAAUGUCGGGAACAACACCAGCAAGAUUGUUUUGGGUGAAGAUGCGGUGGUUUCUGGUGCUGAAGUGGUUCGAACUCCUUUGGCAACAAAUUCUUUCGUAUACAGAAUCACAUUGGAGGCUUUAAGUGUAGGGGAUCAAAAGAGGAUUGAAUUUGAAAAGCAAGAGGAUGUAACUGAGGGAAAUGUGCGUAUUGAUUCUGGAACCACGUUCACUUUUCUGCCACCAGCACUUUAUAAUGGUUUGGUAUCUGCUUUGGACAAGACAAUAAGGCAUCCAAAGGUGGCUGACCCCCAUGGUGUUUUGAAACAUUGUUAUGAGAUUGGUGAACCAGAUAAAAUCGUAUUUCCCUUUAUCACAGCACAUUUUAAGGGAGGGGAUGUGAAGUUAAAGGCAAUUAAUACAUUCUAUUGGGUGGCUGAUCAUGUGGUGUGUUUGUCGAUGCUUCCCGGUGAAGAGGGUUUCUUUGGAAACAUAGCUCAACUCAAUUUCUGGGUUGGAUAUGAUCUCCAGGCUGGUACUGUGUCCUUUAAGCCUGCUGAUUGUUCCUUGUGA